AUGGCUCUACGGAGACCAUCCAGCAACACCCCGCAGGAAAUCGCAUACCUCUACCUCGAGAUGGAGACACCCCUCCCAACACCUCUCAUCACAUUGCCGCCGGGCCCGGGCCAACUGGCCGCGCCAGAACCUCCAGACCUCAAAAAAUACACUUCCCCCUUCCUGUGGCCCAAAUGGCGCAAAACCCUAAUGACGUUGAUUUCGUGCGCCGUGACUGCAUUGGCUGGGUACGCGGCCGGUGAAAUCAGCCCGGCGUCCCACGAACUGACGACUGAGUGGGGGAUCACGCCGGUCGUGUAUAAUCUGGGGAUAACGAUCUUUUGCAUCGGAUUUGCGUUGGCGCCCAUGGUCUUGGCGCCUUUUUCGGAGAUCAACGGACGACGGCCGAUUUUUAUCGCCAGCGGGAUUCUUUUUACGGCGUGCAUCAUCGCCUGCGGCGGGACUCAUCACUUUGCGGGUCUGCUCGUCGCGCGGUUCUUUCAGGGUGUUGGUGGAUCUACCUUCUCGACCAUGGUUGGCGGUGUAAUCAGUGACAUCUAUCACGCCGAGGACCGCAACACUCCUAUGGCGCUGUUCUCCGGGGGUGCUCUCUUGGGCACCGGACUAGCGCCCUUGCUGUCCAGCAUUGUGGUCCAUCACACUAGCUGGCGCUGGGUGUACUACUCGCAUGCAAUCGUGUCGGCGGUCUUUGUGGUGAUUAUCUACUUCUUCUUCAGUGAGACGCGUGGUAGCGUGCUGCUUAGCCGCAAAGCUAAAACCCUGAAUAUUUACUACGAAGCGCUGGAAAAUGCGGGACACGUGGGUGUUAUUAUGCCUGAUCAAGAUGAAGGCAUAACAGACAAGGGUCAGGGCAAGAUUCGGCGCAUCCGGUGGAAGGUCAAGAGUGAUGAGCAACGGGCGUCCCUGGGCCAGAUGAUCAGCAUUUCAUGCUACCGCCCUUUCCGAAUGCUGAUCACCGAACCGGUGGUCUUUUUCUUCUCACUAUGGGUGGCCUUUAGCUGGGCGGUGCUGUACCUGCAAUUCAGCUCUAUUCCCCUGGUCUUUAGCACCAACUACGGGUUCAACAUCGAGCAAACGGGUGCCGUGUUUACCUCGAUGUGCGUCGGCGUUAUCCUCAUCACCGUGAUCAGUAUCUAUCAAGAUAGCGUCGUUGCCAAGUAUAUUUCCUUGCCCAACACCCCCGAACGUCGACUGUACUUCGUCUGCAUCGAGGCUGUCCUGAUGCCCGCUGGACUGUUCUGGUUCGGGUGGACGUCGUUUCCAUCCGUGCAUUGGAUCGUGCCCUCCAUCGCGAUCGGAUGCGCCACUAUGGGCAUUUUUGCCGUCUAUCUGGCGGUAUUCAAUUACCUGGCUGAUACAUAUCACCGCUACGCGAGCUCUGCCAUCGCGGCCCAGUCAUGCUGUCGAAAUCUUCUCGGUGGUAUCUUCCCUCUCGUCACAAACGCCAUGUUCACUAAUCUCGGGUAUCCUGGGGCAUCGAGCUUGCUUGGUGGAAUUGGAGCCGCUCUUACCCUCGUACCAUGGGUCCUGGUGUUCUUUGGCCCACGAAUCCGCGCGAAUAGCAAGCUUGCCAGUAGAGAUUCAAUGAGAAUAAUGUAG